AUGGCUACCGAUCAUUCAGAUUUUAAACUAUACAGAUACGACCCUUCAAUCGGCGCAGCAGUCGUCUUCAUCAUUCUUUUCAUAAUAGCAUCAGGCAUCCAUACGUACCAAGCAGCCCGAACGAGAGCAUGGUUCCUCAUCCCGUUUGUCGUCGGCGGACACUUUGAAUGGAUCGGCUAUAUUGGCCGCGCCAUCUCCGGAACCGAAGCCCCCGACUUUACUACCAACCCUUACAUCCUGCAAACCCUCCUCCUCCUCAUUGCGCCCACCCUCUACGCCGCAACCAUCUACAUGGAACUUGGCCGGAUCGUGGUCCUAACAGAUGGAGAGGCGCACUGCUUUAUUCGCCGAAGGUGGCUAACCAAGUUAUUCCUAAUCGGCGAUAUCAUCUCGUUCAUUAUGCAGGGUGGAGGCGGCGGGAUAAUGGCCUCCGGAAACCUCAGCGCCCUAAAAACUGGCGAAAACAUCAUAAUCGGUGGCCUCGUUAUACAACUAAUCUUCUUCUCACUCUUUGUCACAACGAGCAUAAAAUUCCACCUCGGACUGCGGAGUAGCCCAUCACGCAAACUCCUUCACUCCCAACCACCCUGGGAGCGGCACAUGUACGCGCUCUACGGGGGCAGCGCCCUCAUCUUUAUCCGAUCGCUGUUUCGGUUGAUCGAGUAUGCGCAGGGGAAUGAUGGGUACCUGGUGUCACAUGAGGUGUAUAUGUAUAUCUUUGAUGCGGUGCCCAUGAUACUUAUUAUGGCUGUCUUUGCCUGGGUGCAUCCGAGUGAGGUGAAUGCGUUGUUGAAGCCGGGAGGUAGGGGGAGGGCUGCUGAGAGGGUGUUUUGGUUGAAGAUGGAGGGCGGAGAGAGCUUGCUAUAG